AUGGCAGACAAGCUCCGUACCACCCAGCAGCUGGAAGCGCUCCAGAACAAAUACGUCGGAACCGGACACGCCGACACUACCAGAUUCGAGUGGACCUCCAACAUUCAACGCGACAGUCUGGCUUCCUACGUCGGUCACCCGCCUCUGCUCUCCUACAUGACCCUGGCUAUGGGCGAGGGCACUCGUGAGGAGAUGCGCGUCAAGCUCAUUGAGAAGAUGGUCAGACCCGUUGGUCCUCCUCCAGAGACGAGAGACCAAGAGUGA